AUGAUAAGUAAUAAAACAGAUCAAGGUAGUAGUGGUAGUAGUAGUAAUUGUUGUUCCAAUGACAACAACAUUGAAAGUUAUUACAAGUUAUCAUUACCACCAAAUCAUAUCGAGUUUUCAUCGGAAGAGGGUAAAAAAAUAUUUAGAGAAGCUAUACAAUCAAAAUAUAUGGAAGGUUUUUUCGUAUUAGCUGAACAUUCUACACCUCAAAGCGAUCUAACAAAUUGUAGUUUAGCAACAUUAGCAAUGGUCUUGAAUUCAUUAAAAGUUGAUCCUAAAAGAAUUUGGAAAGGUAGUUGGCGGUGGUUUGUAGAAGAUAUGUUACCAUGUUGUAUGACAAGAGAGACUAUAACCAGAAGAGGAAUGACAUUCAAAGAGUUUGCAUGUUUAUCUAGAUGUAAUGGCGCAUCGGUUCAAGAGUUUCCAGGUGAUCAUAUUGAUUUGGAUUUAUUUAGAGAGUUUUUAAGAGAUGCUUGUAGUACUGAUAAAAAACAUUUGGUACUAUGCUACGAUAGGAAAUCAUUGGGCCAAGUUGGAACUGGACAUUAUAGUCCAGUGGGUGGAUAUCAUCAAGAAAGAGAUUUGGCAUUGGUAAUGGAUGUUGCCAGAUUUAAAUAUCCAACUUAUUGGGUACCUGUAAAAGCACUUUGGGAGUCGGUAAGAUUUGUUGAUGGAAUAAGUACAAGAGGUUUUUAUAUCAUAUCAUCAUCACCAUCAUCAUCUUUGCAGAAUUAA